AUGCCCUCCAUCGAAAUGGCGGAGGACGUUCGCCCGCCUUCAGCCCCGGACACCAAGAUUAUUCUUCACUCAGAGAAAACAGACAGCGAAUGUCUCGAGAAAGCAGAUGACAUCCAUGCUACAGAGGCAGAGAUUGCCGCUGCCAGUCUUUCUGUAUCUCACAAAGAAUAUUUGAUUGAACGCCAUGGAACUCUUGACCUGGAUCCUAUUCCAAGCCCAUCAAAUGCCGAUCCAUACAACUGGCCUCUCUGGAAGAAAGUGCUCAAUCUAGUCCUUGUGGCAUUCCAUGCUUGCAUGGCAACCCUGACAGCGGCAUCCAUUACGCCAGCAUACGAAGACAUUGCCAUCGAAUUCGGGAAAUCCGUCCAGAGCGCCAGCUAUCUCACGUCUCUCCAGAUUGCAAUUCUGGGUGGAGCUCCUUUGUUCUGGAAGCCAUUGUCAAACCGGUUUGGACGUCGACCCAUCUUUCUCCUGUCGUUGAUUAUCAGCUUAAUCUGUAAUGUCGGCUGUGCCAAGAGCCCUACAUAUGGAUCCAUGGCUGCGUGCAGAGCCUUGGUAGCCUUCUUCAUAUCACCCGCCGCAGCGAUUGGGAGUGCUGUUGUGACGGAAACCUUCUUCAAGAAGGAGAGAGCCAAGUACAUGGGCGUCUGGACCUUGAUGGUCACGCUGGGCGUCCCAGUCGGACCGCUUAUCUUUGGGUUCGUCGCCUAUCGUGUAGGAUAUCGCUGGAUCUACUGGGUCCUUGCCAUCGUCAAUGGCGUUCAGUUCAUUCUUUAUCUGUUCUUUGGUCCCGAAACCCUCUACCUGGGUGGCAGUGAGGAAAGUCUGUCUGCAGACUUCAAAAGUCAAUACUUAUCCUUCCGCCGGAUCGAUUCUACUCCUCUGAGAUUUAGCGAGUUCUAUCACCCUCUGACCCUGGUGAAGCAUGCCCGCGUGUUUAUUCCUGCUAUCGUGUAUGCCAUGGUCUUCUUGUUCGGUAGCGUUCUUAUUACCGUGGAAGUUCCCCAGCUUCUGCAACUGAAGUUUGGCCUCAACGCCGAGCAACUUGGUCUGCAAUUCCUUGGUGUGAUCAUCGGUUCGAUUCUGGGAGAACAAGUUGGUGGCUCUCUAUCAGAUUUCUGGAUGAACCACCGGGCUCGUCGUAUUCAGAGAAGACCCGAACCCGAGUAUCGGCUCUGGCUCACAUAUCCCGGCGUCAUUCUGACAAUCGUCGGUGCGAUCGUCUUCCUUGUCUGCACGCAGCAGGCACCCGAAGGCCACUGGGUUGUCUCUCCUAUCGUUGGCACUGCCAUUGCGGCUUUUGGCAAUCAGCUGGUGACAACGACGGCUAUCACCUAUGCUGUUGACAACUAUCCUCGGGACUCCGGCAGUGUUGGAGUGUUUAUCACAUUCGUUCGGCAGAUGUGGGGCUUCAUCGGUCCAUUCUGGUUUCCCGACAUGUUCACUAAUGUUGGUGUCGCUGCUAGUUCUGCGGUCACCAGUUCUCUUCUCUUUGUCUUUAGCUUCCUUUUCACCGUUCUGCUCCAUGUCAUGGGAAAGAAAUGGCGUAAUGCUUCUUAA